GCAACUUAGUCACCUGUGGUCUGUGGAUUUUGGUUGAAAGCAUAACAAAUCAGAAUUUCUAGAUGCUUAUUUGCUAAUAUCUUUGUUGUUGUUGUUUUUUGUUUUCAUUUGUUUUGUUGUCCCCCCCACCCCAAGGAAAUCCUUCUGUAGCAGAAUGGGGAGAAAACAAAGGAUAUUUCCUAAAGAACUGGCCCAAGCUCCUCACACAGGCCUCUGUUACCAGGCCAAAGUGGUGUGGCUACCAUGUCCACCACAUCGGGUUUCACCACUUUGGGAGCAAGAUCCCUAUCUGAAGGCUAGGCAGAUGUCAUUCAGACAUCAGGAAAGAACCAUCCAACCAAUGCCCUGCCCCCGCCCCAGGACUGAACCAAUGCCUUCACCACAUUUCAGACAUCCAGUUAUAACGGUCCAGCCACCCCGCCCUCCUCCUAGAACAGUUGCGAUGUCACUGCCCCAUCUUCAUCACCAGAGUAUGGCAAAUAAGGCACCCUCAAUUUCCAAGCACCACGUGGUCGCCUCAGUUUUGCCCAUAAAUGGGCCUGCCAAGUCAUCCACCAAAUCCGCUGUGACUUUGACGUUCAGUAAACAAUGCCCUCCGCUUCGCCCCAUCCAUCAACCCGUGAUUCCAUUGGAUCCUAACUGCCUCUCAGAAGCUUCUGGCCUCAACCACUUUCCAAAGGCUCCACGAGGUGGUGGCCAACUGGCUGAGGAUCUGAGCCAUCUCAAACAGCAGGCCCCAUUUCCAUCAUUUGCUGAGGCUCCGCCAUGUGAGUUCCACAGAACCAUGUUCAUAGCUGUACCCCAAACAGGCCCUAACCACUCGGUCAGGGUCACAACAGUCCCUGUGAACCCUGGUCAGCAGACUUUGCCAAAGCCCAGGCGUCGGAUCAGGGCCACAAAUGCUCUUUUGGGAUUUCUAAAACUAGAGCCGAUGCUGCAUUCAGCUGGCUCUAUUUCUGCUGGUCCAAACCACUGGUCUGCCAGAGAUACAACUUUGAAAACAUCAAGUCUAGACAAUUGGGCCCAGUCCAAAAGACCUUCAUCAUCGCAUCCCAAACUUCUUUGCCCUUGGAAAACAGUAUCACUGCUUUAUUGCAAUGACCACCUCCCCAGAUCGCUGGGGGUGCCUUUAGCACACACGAAUCAGAAAACCAGGGCUACAACUGCAUCCGGUCCUGGUCAGCUACAGCAGGCUGGGGAUGCAACAGGCCCUAUGGCCCAUGGAUUUCUUCAAAUGGAAAAAAAGUCCUGGGAAACAAUGCCGGUGAGAACAAGCCAGGAUCAAGGGGCAAGACAACCUCCGAUCGGCUUACACAUCCCAGGCAAAACUCUGCUUGUGCCUGACCACCAGGUGAUACCUCCUCCCUGUCCAGAGGACCCUUCACAUCCUAUUGCCCAGGGCUCACGUCAAGUGGAACAAGAACACAGGAAAACAAUGACACUGAGAACAGAUGCCCAGGCCACCAAUCCCACAGGUCAGGGUCACUGGGCCAUUCCUCCUUUCCUGGGCAUGGAUGGCCAGAAAACAAUUCUUUUUGUCCCUCACUACCAGGCCACACCUCCUCCCAGUCCUAACCAUCAGGCUGAGGACAUGCCAGGCUCUGUUGCUUAUACCUCAAAAACCAUGACACCAAGAACACAGCCCCAGGCCACAACUAUAACAGGCACUGGUCAGGAUCUUGGUACAGUACCUUCAAUAGUGUCUUAUAAGCAAGACAUCAAUCAACCUGGCACCAUACCCCAAGCCACCACUUUACUCAACUCUGACUACCAGAUUGGGAAAGUUACAAACCCUAAUGCUCAGCUGACAUAUCAACCAAAUCUAGAACUAUGGGGAACAGUGACAGAAGGAAUAGACCACCAGAACACGAAUCCCUCUGUAUGGGGCUAUGGGGCGAGCUGUCCUGCCCAGAGCACAGAUAACAAGGCAACAGUUCCACCUAGAGUUGACCGUUUGACCAUACCACCACUCCAACCUGAAUUUCAGACUGAAGCUAUACCUGACCCAAAUGUCCAGCGUUCGCUUCAACCAGAACCAAAACACCAUGAAACAAGGCAACAAGGAGUAGACCACCAGUUUACUAUUCUAACGGGCCAAAAUCAAGGGACAACUGCAAAUCCCCUAGGUGUAGAAGAUCAGAAAACAACUCCACCAGAUCCCAACCAUCAGGACAUAGAGGCCAAGGCUCCUCCCAGACCUGAGCUACAUCCGACUGUGGCUACACCAGGUCCUGUUGCACGAGAACACAGGGAACCAAUGCCACCAAAAAUAGAAAGCCAGGUCCCAGCUCUAACAGACCAGGAUCUCACUUUAGUAUCUUCACUGGGCGUAGACACCCAAGACUCAACUCUACACAUCUCCAAAUACCAAGCCACGCUUGUAGCCAGCUCUACUCAUCAGCCUGAGGAUGUCCUGGGGUCGCCCAAGGCCCAAGUCUCCCUUCACCAAGAAAUCAAACAGUGUGAAAUAAUGCCAGAGGGAACAGACCAGCUGACCCCAGAUGCCACUGAUGGUGGCCAAGGGGCAACACUUUCUCUGAGCACUGAUGACAAGGAAACAACUUUCCCUGGCCCUGACCACUGCACCGUGUCGCUACCUAGCCUUGACCACCAGACUGAGGAUAUUCCAGACCCUAAUGACCAGGAUUCGUGGAAACUAAGACUAGAACACAGUGAAACAGUACAGCCAGCAAUAGAGCAGCAAUCCAAGGAUCCCACGGGUAAGGACCAUGGGACAACACUUCCUCCCUUGAGCAGAGAUAACCAAGAAACAACUACCUGUGGGCCUGAUCACCAGGACAUGUCUCAUCUUGGGCCAGACCAUCAAACUGAGGAUGUACAAGACCCUAGUGACCAGGAUCUAGUUCAACCUGAAGAACAAAUGAUCCAACCUGGAACAGAUCAACAGAUCGCAAAUCCCACUGGCCAAGAUCACAAAAAAAUAACUCUGACUCUGGGCACAGAGAACCCAGAAACAAUUCUCUCAGGUACUGACCAUGAAGCUAUAUCCUCUGUUAACCCUAAAUUUCAGACUGGAGAUAUAGCAGAUCCUGGCAUCGGGGUCUCAUAUAAAAUAGAACCGGAAAACAAGGAAGGAAUGCUAUCAGGAAGGGAAUGUGAGAUCACCACUCUCCUAGGCUACAGUUUGGAGGCAACAGCACUACCACUGGGCUCUGACCCCCAGGGUAAAGCUUCGCUCGGCCAAGGAAAAGGAAACUGUGGCUCAGUUCUACCCAGCCCUGUCCCAAAUGUGAUUACAUCAGGACCCAUCACUGAUACCUUAAUGACAUCAGAACAAGGUCUCCGAGAAACAAAGCCACUGGGAACAGAUCAACAGGCCACCCAUAUGAUUGGCUAUGAUCACCAGGUAACACCACCUCUACCUGGAACUGACCACCAGGCCACACAUCCUCCCAGCCCUGAUCUGCCUGGAGCUCAUGUCUCAAUUCAGAAAGAACAGGAUGAGUGGGAGACAUCGCUGAAGGAAGUCGACCACCAGGAUGUAAUCCUUUCAGAAAUGGAUAUCAUGCUCAGUCCUGCAAUGCGCUUAGACCUCCAAGACAAACUUCUGCCUAGUCCUGACUACAGGGCUACUGCUCCAAGUAGCCUUGGUGAUCGGGCCAAGGACACAAUAGAUCCCAUUGCUCCAACCUGGGUUCAAAUGGAACAAAAGCCCAGGGAAACAAUGUCACUGACAAUAGACCGGCAGGCCACAAUUGUAAUGGGCCAGGAUCAGGAGGCAGCUAUACCCCGCAAGAACCUGAAAUCCCAAUACACAGCUCAAUGUGGUCCUGAACACCAGGCCACACCUCCACGUAGCUCUGACUACUGGGAUGAGAAUAUGGUCGCUCUCAAUUCCCCAGACUCACUUCAACCCCUGGCUCAUGAAUGGGAGACCAUUUCACAGGAAACAGAGGAGCAGGCCACGAUUCUAAUGGACCUGGGAUUCAGGACAUCACCUCCAUUGCUGAUACACCUCCAGGAUCCAACUCUGCCUGGCUCUGACUACCAGACCAUCCCUCCAUCCAGCUCAUCAGGAGCUUUCUCAGGUCCUGACCCUCAGAACAUAGCUCCAUCAGAUCCCGAGUACUCGGCAAAAUGGUUAAUGAGUCCAGACCAAAAGGUCACAUACCCACCCAGUCUUGACCCCCAGGUUUCUCUUCUACCCAGCUCAGCAAACCUGACUGAGACUAGAUUAGACUCUACACAAGCUCAGGGCACAACACCAACACAACCAUAUAAUCAAGAAACAGCUCUACUAAGCUUCACUAAAUACAGGUCUGUGCUCCCCUCAGGUCCUGGCCUACAGACCAAAUGUCUAAGAGAUUGUGGUCCCCAGGCCGAAGUUGGACAAAACUUUGACCCCCAAGAUCACGUACAAUCAAGACUCCGAAACCAGACCCAGUCAGUGCUAAACAGAAAAUCUUACUGUUUAAAUUACAUCAAGCCAUACACUGUGGAGGGAGGGAUCAUCCCUGAUGUAAUAGUUCAGGACAUUAUCAGUUCCAUCCCUCAGGAGAAAAUAAAAAAUGAUGUCUAUAAACAAAUUCUCCUCCGAAAGAUGAGGAAAUUCUCCCCUCACAGUUCUAGUGGAUACAAUUCAUCUUAUUAUCCUGUCUGUUUACUUUGUGCCUCCUGGAUCCCCAGCGGCUGUCCCCAUGAGGGGAUGAAGUACCCACAUGAAGCACAACUACUGGCCAUACCCACUCCUAUGCCUGAUUUGGAGGAUCUGGGUGUGAGAUUUGUUCUUCAAGUGCCCCAGAUGGCAACAAGCUCCUACCUUGACUUUCCUUAUUCCCAAUAUAGUUUGCAAAGGCACCCCUAUGGCCCACAAGCCUUUUCAGCAUCUUCCUACUCUGACCUUGGCCUCUCUGGGUCUUCUAGGCCUAAGUGGUUACACUUCAUACUUGGCAAAUCUCACCAGCCCGGGGGCAGAAACCAACACCCAGGAUUCUUAGGAGAAAUGUCCUUGAAGAGGGACAGCCCCAGAGAAGAGGAGGCCGGGGAUGGGAGGACAUUUUUCAAAUCUCUGCUGGAGAGAUUUCAAUGGAGGCUGAGAGAUUAAAUUACUAUAUAUUCUA